AUGGCAAAACGCCAUGUUGGCAAAGAAGUAAAAAAGAAAACAGAUAAAAAGGCUAAGGAAGCCACACCCAAGAUAACAAAAAAAAUGCAGGUUGUUGUUGAUGAAAAAACUGAUGGUGAUGAUUUUGAGAGUGAAGAUGAAGAUGAUGUUGACAAUGUUGAUGAGCAUGUUGAUAAUGAUGAUGAUGGUUUAGGGCAUGAUGAUGAUUAUGAUUAUGCUGGGCUCCACCAUGAUGUGCAAAACGCUAUGCACAUCAAUGAUGAGGAUGAGAAUGAUGAAAAUGAGAAUGAAGAGAAUGAGGAUGAAGAGGCUUUGCUUCAAAGGAUUGUGAAUGAGGAUAAAGAAAGGCGGGAAAUGAUGUUUGAAGUUUCUAUAUCAGGGAAACAUGCUCUGAUUACAGGAGUAACUCAGUAUGAAGACAUUGUUGCUGAUGAAGAACAACAAAACAAUGAAACUGAAGAGGCAAUGGCUGAUAAGUUGGAUGGGGCAUACAAAGAAUUAGAAGAUUGUUAUAAUAAAAUGAGCACAUUGUUAAAAGAGUCAAAGAUUGAAUACCCAAACAACCUCCUGGUACACAUUAAAUACUCACAUUAUCUGACAUUGUUGGAGAACAUGUCAAAAAUUGUUGAUGAAAACGCCAAGGAAAUAGCAGCUGAGAGAGAAAAGGGUAAAAAUGAAGGUGAGGUUGAAAAAGAAGUUAAAGGUGAAAAGGAAGUGGAAAUAGGAGUUGAAAAUGAAGAAGAAGGGGAGGAGGAGAUGGCUGGAAUACAAAACGCCAUUGAAGUGGAAACAGUUGGUGAAAAGGCCAAUGAAGGAGAAGGAGAAGGAGAAGGAAAAGGAGAAGAGGAAUGUGACAACUCGGGCAUUGGGGUCUGGACACUUCCAGACUCUGAUGUGUCGCACCUCCCGCGGUGCUUCCGCUUGUGGUAUUUUUGGGGGUGUUACAAGGAAGGAGAAAGGGAAGGGGAAGGGGAAGCAGAAGGGGAAAGGGGAAUAGAAAGAGAAGUGGAUAUGGCCGGAGAACAAAACGCCGAACCUUCAACUGCUACAACAGCCCCCAUAUAUGAUGAUGAUGAGACUACUAUAUUCUCAGAUGAAGAUAUAAACGAAAAUGAUAUUGAAAGAUGGGAUUGCGAUUCCAAGACACUUGAAUAUCAUAUUUCCAGAUACAAUGGGGAAAAAUAA